AUGCCGGACCUCAAAUUGCCUGAGGCGACUUGGGGCAGACCUCCUGGCCGCACCGCGAAGAGAAAGCGCCCGGACCCUGACUUCGACAUCGCCAUUGACCCAGACAGUCAAGUUGAUCGCUUCAAACGCCAAAAUAUUGGGAAUGAUACCAUCGAUCUGACUCCAUCACAUCGAAUACCUGAUGUCCUGGGGUCGCAAGAAACGGAUCCUGCCUAUACAACCUCAACAAGAGAGUCUCAGCGCUCUCAGCUUCCAGCCCCUCUGCUAGAUUUACUGUCCUCCCAGCCCUUGCGAAAGCCAUCAAUAUCACCCUCUUAUCAAUCAACUACACUUCCAUCAGAGUCUCAGUCGCCCGAUUUGCCCGCCUCCGCCAUAUCUGAGCUUGAAACCCUAAGUGCUGACAACCAACUCGACAAGCCCAACGACAAAGGCAAGGCCAUCCAAAAAUGGGAUCCUAAGGUGUGGGACGAGAAUGAAUUCGACAGCGACGAGGAGAAUAUGAGCCUAGCAGUCACGAUGAAACUAGCCACCGAGCUCUCCCUCUUGAAGUCGUUCCUUGAGAUCUACAGAAAGUUCAACAUCCAUUCGCAACAGUGGGACUGUGGGUUAGUGGGUCCAUUAUGA